AUAAUUCUUGUUGCCAGUAUUCGACUAUGUUUUGAUUUACAAAAUAAGAAAAAAUGCAAGCAUAUCUGGUUUUUAUUUUAGAAAUUUCUUGAAGACGAGUUAAUAGUAUACGAACGUUUCUAAACAUAUCUUUAUUUUUCUUUUUGGCACUGUUUAGUAUUUUCAAAAGAACGUUUCAUUUCCUCUUUAAGAAAAUUACUAUAGUCUCUGAUAAAUUCUUCUAAACUAUUAAGUGUAGAUAUAGAAUCAGUUUUAAAUGAAAUAUCUAUGUCGUUACAAGCAUUCCAAUAAUGAAACGCUUUAUCAACUUUAUUGAGGUCUAAGCACUUAUAUUCUUGUUUCUUCCAAUUUGUUUAUGCUAAACGAAUCUUUCAUAAUAGUACAGGUAUUACUGAUCAUACUUUCAAACCAAGGAUUAACUUCUACUAUAUGUGGGGUGUGAAUGUGGGUGUCCAUACAUCAUUCGUUAGAGACAACCACCCAUAUCCACACCCUAUUUCACGUUCAAUAUUUAAUUUAAGAUCAUAAACAUGUCAAUAAAAUUCAUUUCUUAAAUAAGCUUCUCAUGACAGACUCAUUUUCUUUUCUUUUUUUUUAAUAAUAGAAGCGUCAAAGCGUAUACUAAUCCAAAAAAUAUUCUAUAUUAUCUAGAUAAAAGUUUUUCAGACAAAAGAAAAAGUUGAAGAAAGAACACAAGAAAAAAAAAAUAAUAGAAAAUAAAAUGCAGAAAGAAAAAAAGAAACAGAUUGUAAAUGUAGUAAAAAUUUACAUCUUCUUCUUUUUCUUCUCAUAAAUGAUGUACAUCUAAAAAUAAAUAUAAUUUAUUAAAUUUUUUUUUUUACAUAUUCAAGUUCCAUCUUAUCCGAAUUGGAAACAUCGUUUACCAACAACAUCUGAAUUAGCUGAACAAGAACAGGCAUUAUUAAGUAUAACUAUAAAAGAAGGUCUUAAUUCUGUACCAACAACACAAAAAGAGAAAAACAAUUCUACUAUACUUUUAUCACCAAGUCUAUUAUUUUACAUUGUUGUUAUCGACUCAGCUGCAUUAAAAAUGAUAUCACAAUUAUCUCAAGUUAUACCAGGAAAAUCUCAUCUACAAUUUCCAAUAACAUUUGAACCAACACAAAUUGGUCUUUAUCAACUUUCAUUAUUAUAUAUAAUUAAUAAUUUUUAUCAACAUUAUGUUAAAGUUAUAAUUGAUGUUUGUUUACCAACUGUACAAUUAUCAACAGACAAACUUCUUAUACGUUCAUUACCACAUAUUUUAGCUGAAGAUUCAUUUCGAAAAGUUGUUCAUUUAUAUAAUCCAUUAAAUGCACCGGCUAAAUUUCGAGCCAUUGAACCAUAUCAAACUAUUGAUGCUGAGGUUAUUUGGUAUGGUAGUACACAAGCAAUUAUUGAUUCAAGUCUAUGUGCAGGUGUUGUUGUAAAUCCAACAAAUGAUCUUGUUUCAACUGGUUUACAAACAAGAGAACAUGAACAAGAAAUUUAUAUGACAGGUGAAGUUAUCGAACCAAAUUUAAAUAUUCCUGAAAGUGAAAUUAAUUAUGGUGGUGUAUCAAUAUUAAUGAAAGUAUCAAAAUAA